UUGGAGCCGUCGAUCCGAACACGCGGUGCUUGUAUUUCUCGAAUUAGCGACGGCUGGACAUACCGUAGGGUAGGAGGGCUCAAGGCCGAUCAUAAGCAGAUUCCCAUAAGUGUGUUUGUCCAAAGUGUCGUUGAGAGCACCAGAAAGAUGGCGUUUGGAAGACUGACGAUUGUGCUGCUGAUAGUGGCCCAUGUGUCUAGCGUUUUAUCUCAAAGCGAUCCAGCAUGUACCACACCUACGCGGCACGAAGGAUUCUGUGUGCCGAUCAUGCGUUGUCGGAAUAUCUACAACAUCGUGACGUCACCUACACCUCCUUCCAGGGGGAUCCAGAACUAUAUCAAUCGUGCAGGCUGUACACUGCCCGAUGUCGAGCGAAGCGUCUGCUGCCAGCCUGCGGAAAUCGAUCCACCAACUCCAACCACAUCUCCCGUCGCUAUGUCCAGCACGAGUCCUGAACUGAACUGGACCCUAUUACCAACAACAAAGUGUGGUACGAUCACAACCAACCGUAUAGCAGGCGGUAAUCUGACUCGCGUGUUCGAAUACCCGUGGAUGGUGCUGCUCCGCUACAUGCGGAAUGGUGAGCUGGUGGACGGCUGCGGAGGAUCGCUGAUCAACAACCGCUACGUAUUGACGGCAGCACACUGCGUGCGAACAUCGAGCAAUUUGAAGCUCACUAAAGUUCGUCUAGGGGAGCACGAUAAAAAGAACGAUGUCGAUUGCAUUGUGUACAAGGACGGUGAAACGGAAUGUGCCGAUCCUCCGAUAGAGGUUGACAUAGAAUCAACGGUCGUACAUAGCGAGUACAACAGACCGAUCCGGUUUCGGCAUGACAUCGCUUUGCUUCGGAUGGCACAAGAAGUCGCAUACAGUGAUUCCAUCAAACCCAUUUGCUUACCGAUCAGAGAGGACGUUCGGAAUAAAGUUCUACCGAAAUACAUCCUGACCGGCUGGGGUACGACUGAGGAGCAAGCACUGUCCGACAUUUUACUACAGGCACUCCUAAAGAAUGUGCCCGUAUCAGAUUGCCAACAAAAGAUGAAGGAAAACGGACUCAGAAUAGACCUUUCGGAGGAGUACCAAAUGUGCGCUGGGGGCGAAGAGAAGGUGGACUCUUGCAAGGGUGAUUCAGGAGGACCGCUGGGUUUCAGCGUGGACCUCGUGGGUGCCCGAUUCGUCCAGUACGGAGUUGUAUCGGCCGGUGUUAGUACAUGCGGAAAAGUAAGUGUCCCGGGCAUUUACACUCGAGUUUCUAGCUACAUGAACUGGAUAGUGGAAAACAUGCAACCGUGAAAAUAGUGCUUACCGCACGACAACACAUGAAUCUGAAGAUCUUCAACGAGCUAGUGUACUAUAAAAUCAUUUUAAGCUAUAACAAUAUAGGUAAUGAAAUAUAUCGGAGGAUUUCUAUGCAUAUCAA